CCAUGGUCUCGCCCUGAGACGCUAUCGAUUACUCUACGCUCGGCCCGGCUUCGAUCGACUCGCUCCUCCUCGCCUCGCCGUCCUGGACCAAGGCAGAGUGCAGAGCGUGUGUAAGAUGUUUUGACCUUUGGACCUUGCCUAUCAGCUCUUGGCCCAGUGCAGACCUCAUUUUCCCCAGCCAUCAAACAAUGAAUACCACUCCAGGCACAGUGGGCAGUGACCCUGUCAUCUUGGCAACUGCAGGCUAUGACCACACUGUGCGCUUUUGGCAGGCCCACAGUGGAAUCUGCACUCGAACAGUGCAGCAUCAGGACUCUCAGGUGAAUGCAUUGGAGAUCACACCAGACCGGAGCAUGAUUGCUGCUGCAGGUUACCAGCAUAUCCGCAUGUAUGAUCUCAACUCCAAUAACCCCAACCCCAUCAUCAGUUACGAUGGCGUCAAUAAGAAUAUUGCAUCAGUGGGCUUUCAUGAGGAUGGCCGAUGGAUGUACACAGGCGGGGAGGACUGCACAGCUCGCAUCUGGGACCUCAGGUCCCGGAAUCUGCAGUGUCAGCGUAUCUUCCAAGUGAAUGCUCCCAUUAAUUGUGUGUGUCUGCAUCCCAACCAGGCAGAACUCAUUGUGGGUGACCAGAGCGGUGCUAUCCACAUCUGGGACCUGAAGACUGACCACAAUGAGCAGCUGAUCCCCGAGCCGGAAUUUUCCAUCACGUCUGCGCACAUUGACCCGGAUGCCAGCUACAUGGCGGCGGUCAACAGCGCUGGAAACUGCUAUGUCUGGAACCUGACAGGGGGCAUUGGUGACGAGGUGACUCAGCUUAUCCCCAAGACCAAGAUCCCAGCCCACACACGCUAUGCCCUGCAAUGCCGCUUCAGCCCUGACUCCACGCUCCUUGCCACCUGUUCAGCGGACCAGACAUGUAAAAUCUGGAGGACAUCCAACUUCUCCCUGAUGACAGAGCUCAGCAUUAAGAGUAGUAAUCCUGGCGAGUCAUCUCGUGGCUGGAUGUGGGGCUGUGCCUUCUCAGGGGACUCCCAGUACAUCGUCACAGCUUCCUCUGACAACCUGGCCCGGCUCUGGUGUGUAGAGACCGGAGAGAUCAAGAGAGAGUAUGGCGGCCAUCAGAAAGCUGUCGUCUGCCUGGCCUUCAAUGACAGCGUGCUGGGCUAGCCUCUGCC